GGUAUGGCGCCUUGCAAGCCCUCAAAAUCCAUUAAAAUUCGUGUACCGCGACAUAAUGCACAGCGUCUGGGACCUUCGUUGACUUCGACCGUGCGUAAGGUCGCGAACCGGGAGAAAACUCUGGUGCAGCUGAUGCCACCUGUGCAAGAACAGCCGGGUUCGUCUGGUGUUCCUUUGGAAAAUGCGUCAGAGUGGAAUUCGCUUUUGCUUAGUGCGAGGGCUCAGAGGGGACCGUUCUGGGACAUGAGCACACAACAGUUUCUCGUAGAGAAGGAAUCCGACCUAUACUACGAUCCAUCACCACUCCUCGAAGCCACCCGUGCAAUCCAACAACAACUCAACCCCUCCGUCGCAGGAGGAAGCUCCCAACAACAACACCAACGCCAAGCCCUCGCACAUUCCCAUCAACAACAACCUCGUCAAGUAACACUCACGAACCAACAAUUCCCAUACGCAACGAACGCCGGUACACCCAUUAUGGGUCACGCCACGCCAAAUCGCGGUGGUGGCAUGACGUACGGGAAUCAUACACCUGGUUCGGCUCAGGGACAGUACUUUGGUGAUGUUGGGACGCCGACGAGACCUGGUGCUGCUGGGAUGAUGGCUGUUAAUGGUACUCCUGUGGGGACGCCGGAUAUGUAUGGACGGAGGAUUACGCGUGGGAUGGCGGAUGGGUUUCCGGGGUAUGCUGGGUAGAGAAUGGUGAUUUCUUUGUUGGCUGAAUUGUAUUUUGUUGUAUUUGUUUGUUGCUACUGCUUGAGAUGCUUUGGAUUAGGUUGUAUAUGUUUUCUGGACCUGCGUGGGGUGUGAAUCUAUAGUCUGUAGAUACAAUAACAUGAU